UAGGAACUCCUCUAAUAAAAAUAAAAUCUGCCCACCAUCUAGCCCUCCAAACAAUCAAAUCUCCACCGUCCAUUCCUUCUUUCCUUUAAGUACACAGAUCUGAAUUCUCUUCAAUCCCUCUCUCUGUCUCGCCGUCUGUCUUGUGGCUCUCCGUGACCCUAUAAUCUAACCCUCUGAUUUAAAUUGAUAUAAAAAAUGUUUGGGAGAGCACCAAAGAAAAGCGACAAUACCAAGUACUAUGAAAUUCUUGGAGUCUCAAAGAGUGCUUCACAAGAUGAUUUAAAAAAGGCUUACAGGAAAGCAGCUAUCAAGAACCAUCCUGAUAAGGGUGGUGAUCCUGAAAAGUUCAAGGAGUUGGCCCAAGCAUACGAGGUUCUGAGUGACCCAGAGAAACGUGAGAUAUAUGAUCAAUAUGGAGAGGAUGCCCUCAAGGAAGGAAUGGGCGGUGGUGGCGGAGGCGGCGCCCAUGAUCCAUUUGAUAUCUUUCAAUCCUUUUUUGGUGGUGGCAAUCCAUUUGGUGGAGGUGGUAGCAGCAGAGGCCGAAGGCAAAGGAGGGGUGAGGAUGUGAUCCACCCUCUUAAAGUAUCCUUGGAAGAUAUUUACAAUGGCACAUCCAAGAAGCUGUCUCUUUCACGCAAUGUAAUCUGCUCCAAGUGCAAGGGUAAAGGUUCCAAGUCUGGUGCAUCAUUGAAAUGUUCUGGUUGCCAAGGUUCUGGAAUGAAGGUCUCUAUAAGACACCUUGGUCCCUCUAUGAUCCAGCAAAUGCAGCAUCCUUGCAAUGAUUGUAAGGGCACUGGUGAGGCAAUUAAUGACAAGGACCGUUGCCCUCAAUGCAAGGGUGAGAAGGUGGUCCAAGAGAAAAAAGUUUUGGAAGUAGUUGUUGAGAAGGGCAUGCAAAAUGCACAGAGGAUUACUUUCCCUGGAGAGGCGGAUGAAGCUCCCGACACCGUUACAGGGGACAUUGUUUUUGUCCUACAACAAAAGGAGCACCCUAAGUUUAAGAGAAAGGGUGAUGACCUAUUUGUCGAGCACACCCUCUCUCUUGCAGAGGCACUCUGUGGCUUCCAGUUCAUUUUGACCCAUUUGGAUGGAAGGCAGCUCCUGAUAAAAUCUCAACCUGGGGAAGUAGUCAAACCUGAUCAAUUCAAGGCUAUAAAUGAUGAAGGAAUGCCAAUGUACCAGAGGCCAUUCAUGAGGGGUAAACUGUACAUUCAUUUCACUGUUGAUUUCCCAGACUCCCUGUCCCUUGAUCAGUGCAAGGCCUUGGAGACCGUGCUUCCUCCACGAACCUCAGCUGAGCUCACUGACAUGGAGCUUGAUGAAUGUGAGGAAACUACUUUACAUGAUGUGAACAUUGAGGAGGAGAUGAGGAGGAAGCAACAACAACAGGCCCAAGAAGCAUAUGAUGAAGAUGAUGAUAUGCAUGGUGGUGGUGGCCAGAGGGUGCAAUGUGCUCAGCAAUAAUCAAUGAGCAGGGGAUGAUUGUGAAUCGAAGAGAGCUGAAUGGGAUCAAGAUGAACUGAUGUGGGUUUGACAAUUAUUUAAGUAAUAAGAUUCUCAACAUUGUGAUAGGAGAGAUAGACUUCUAGUUUCUUGUAUGGAGAUUUCACCUAUGUUUGCAGACUCUGGCAAUUACUUAGUAUUUGAACCUUUGAGAGAUCUCCAAGAACAGUACCUUGGUGUUUUUUCC